UGCCAAAACUCCCUUAGGAAUAUUCUACAAACCAACCACUCACCAAACAACAACAAUAGUUUCAUAUUCUAAUCAAAGCUAGCUAGCUAGAUAUAUCAUAUCAUGCCCUACUAUGUUAACUUACCCUAUAUAUAUAUAUAAUGGCCUAAGGCCUAAUAGAUAACCAACCUCAAAGCUCUAACUAACUCUUGUUCAAUAUCCCCAUCAUCAAACAUGUAUGCCUCAAGUUCCUUUACUUCACAACUAGUCCAUGACCUUCUCGUGGACACAAACUCAAGAAAGCUACUCCUUCAAGAUCCACUUCUUCACCAAUCAAUGAACUCGGCCAACUCCCCAGAUUCCAUGAGUUACAACACAACAGACUCAUACUUCACAGGUCGUGAUUUCGAUGCAAAUGUUGUCAUGAUACUCUCAGUGCUGUUAUGUGCUGUUAUUUGCUCACUCGGGUUGAACUCCAUCAUAAAGUGUGUCUUGAGGUGUUCAAACAUAGUCAUCAAUAAUAAUGACCCUUCUUCUUCUUCAAGUAGUGCGAGCUACAACCCUUCACCAAGAUUGGCCAACAGAGGAAUCAAGAAGAAAGCCCUCAAGACUUUUCCUACUGUGAGCUACUCAACAGAGAUGAAACUCCCCGGUUUGGACACAGAGUGUGUGAUAUGCCUCUCGGAGUUUGCCAAUGGUGAUAAGGUUCGCAUUUUGCCAAAGUGCAACCAUGGUUUCCACGUUUGCUGCAUUGACAAGUGGCUAAGUUCACACUCAUCAUGCCCCAAGUGCAGACAGUGCCUCAUUGAGACUUGCAAGAAAAUUGUUGGAUCCCAAAUACAACCAGUGGCACCAGUGCCAGAAACAAUUAUAAGGAUUCAACCACUAGAACCUGAAGGUUUGGAGCGUAACUAUAGGGAAGUAUGCUAGCUAAUUACUUUAAUUCAUUAGUACUAGAAUGUAAUAUAAACCAAUCAACCAUAAACAAUGCGGUGGCUAUAAUUGGAGAUUUUUCAGUUGCCUUUUGUUUUGACCUCAAAUGUAAGAUAAACUAGUUCAAUUUUUGUAACUGCAAUAUUAUUCUUUUCAAUAAUAUUCUAAAGUUAUCAAUUGAACCAGGGCUUUAAUU